AUGAAGGUGAAAAAGGAAGCAAAGCAAGCUCCCAAGUCUGUAUCCCAUAGGGACCAUUAUGCCAGAAUAUCUUUCUUGUAUCAAGCUUCAAAUCACUUUGCAUUUAAGUCAAAUUAUAGUGUUCUUUCAAGAUCAUUGGCUAGAAAUGUUGAUUUAGUUUCGAAGAAGACAGUUACUAAGCUCUCGCCUUCAAUUAAGAGAUCUUUGUGCAAAAAAUGCUCUUCUUUAUUAAUACCCGGUAUGAGCAUGAGUAUAUUUAUAGAGAAUACCUCGAAACAACAGUCGACUGCUAGUGCUGAUGUUUUAGUACAUCAAUGUAAAGUCUGCAAUGAGAAGAAAAGAUAUCCAAUAGGACGGAAUCGGGACUACGUCGUAUUCAGCGAAAGGAAAGAAGUGUUAAUAAAUACCUCACGAGCUCCAGAAGAGUCAUGA